AAAUCAAGAAAGCACUUUGCAGAAGAAUCAUGGGGUGAAUGUGUAAGAGUUAGCAAUCCACAUGAAAUUUUAAAAUUAUUUUUCAGGAUUUAAAAAAAAAAAAACAGGAAAAAGGCAAAAGCAUGCAACUCCUGAGGGCAAUAGGAUUCUUUCGUGGAAACAUUUUAAUAUUUAGUGCCACAAUAGGGGCAGGAAUCUUUGUGUCUCCUAAAGGGGUAUUAAAAUAUUCCUCACUGAAUGUAGCUGUCUCCCUGAGUAUUUGGGCUGCUUGUGCUGUGCUGACUUUGAUCUCUGCUCUCAGUCACGCAGAGCUGGGGACAACAUUCCCUAGAAGUGGAGCACAGUAUUAUUUCCUCAAAAGAUCUCUUGGAUCCUCUGUUGCUUUCCUCAGUCUUUGGAUCAAACUUUUUACUCAUCCCUUAAGACUAGCUACUGAAACCUUGUUACUAUCUACCUAUACAAUUCAGCCUUUCUAUGCCGGGUGCCCAGCUCCAGAGCUACCAAAGAAGUGUCUAGCUUUGGCUAUUCUGUGGUCUUUGGGACUUCUAAAUACUCGAGGGGUGCAAAAAGUGGCUUUGUUUCAAACUAUCAGUACUGUGACAAAGAUGACUGUCCUCUGCUUCAUUUCCAUCACUGGGAUUGUGCUGUUAGGGAUUGGGAAAAAAGAGAACGUGGCCAGGUUUGAGAACGCUUUCGACGCUGAACUUCCUAACGUCUCACAGAUUGCAGAAGCCUUCCUACAAGGAUUGUUUGCAUAUUCUGGCACGUCAAUCCUGAACAGCAUAGCAGGAGAGAUAAAAAAUCCUGGUGAAAAUAUUCCCAAAUCUCUGAUUACUGUCCUUCCCAUGGUGGCUGUGAUUUACUUACUGGCUAAUGUAUCCUACCUGGCAGUUUUGACUCCCAGGGAAAUCAUCUCUGCAGAUGCUGUUGCUGUCACCUGGACGGACAAAAUAAUCCCUUCCAUGCAAUGGGUCAUUUCUUUUGGAAUUUCAACUUCAAUAUUUAGCAGCAUGUGUUGUACAGUGCUUUCGGCAUCAAGGAUGAUCUACACAGCAAGCCAAGAAGGACAACUGCCUUUGAUCUUCUCGAUGCUCAAUAACCACUCGUGUCCAACCAUGGCUGUCAGCCAGAUAAUCAUCUUAACUUCAGUUGUUAUUAUAACCUCAGAUUUGAUAAAUUUAAUAAAAUAUUCAGGAUUAGCAAUAUGGUUUUUAAGAGGGUUACAUAUGAUAGGUUUACUUAAACUAAGGUACCAGGAACCCAAUCUACCUAGACCUUACAAGGUGCCUUUGCCAUUUAUAUUUGGAUGCAUAGCUAUAUCUUUGUUUCUGAUUUUGACGCCAUUGAUUCAGGCUCCUAAAAUAGAGCAUGUCUAUGGGCUUAUCUUUAUGUUCAGUGGACUCUUGUGUUACUGGAUUCAUGUUCACCUUAAUCAACAUUCUGUCUGUUUUGUCAAAAUCACUUGUUAUUUACAAUUACUGUUUAAUGUUUCACCACCUGAAGACCAUGAUGAAGGUACUUCAACAGGAAAAAAUGACCUUAAAGAAAUCUUUGUAAAUAAGAAACUUUAA